AUGGAUAUGCAUACAUUUUGCCGUAAACUUCCAAAAAUUGAAUUACAUGCUCACUUAAAUGGCUCUUUGAGUAAAUCUACAAUGUUACAUUUGAAAAGAUACUUUGCAGACUCUGGCUUUGAAGAUAAAAGUAACAUUUUUUUUGAUGAAUUUCAAAUUGGUGCUGGAGAUUCUAGAAAUUUAUCCGACUGUUUUCAAGUAUUUAGCAUUGCUCAUUCUCUAACAAGCACACCGGAAGCACUAGAAAUGGCAACGCAGAUGACACUUGAAGAAUUUAACGAUGAUGGGUGUUGUUAUGUUGAAUUGAGAAGCACUCCGCGUGAUACUCCAUAUAUGACUAAACAUCAGUAUAUUGAUACUAUUGUUAAAUCUAUGCAAAAAAUAAAUGCGCGUUUAUCAAUUAUAUCUCGUUUUGUAGUAUCUGUAAAUCGGAGUCAUCAUGUUUCGGAAGCUGAAGCAAUAACAAAUUUAGCUAUCGAAUACAACAAAAAGUAUCCUGAUAUUGUUGUUGGUUUAGAACUUAGCGGUGAACCAACAAUAGGGAGAUUUGAAGACUUCGUACCUUCUUUCGUAAGAGCUAAGGAGUGUGGGUUGAAGAUUUCUUUACAUUGUGGUGAGAUUUGUAAUUCCGAAGAGGUUAUAUCAAUGUUGAAUUUUAAGCCUGAUAGAAUUGGUCAUGGAACUUGCAUUCAUCCAAGUCAUGGAGGCACGGAGGAUACAUGGGCUACCCUAUGUAAAAUAAAAACACCUGUUGAAAUAUGUCUAACAAGCAAUGUCAAUACAAAGUCAACACCGAAGUAUGCAUCUCAUCACUUUAAAGAGUUUUAUAAUGCUGAAAUACCAGUAUUAAUAUGCACCGAUGAUAAAGGCGUGUUUGAGACUUCUUUGUCUCAAGAAUAUGGAAUUUGCGCCGAAACAUUUGAUUUGGAUCGAACCAAACUGGCGCGACUAGCUUUGAAUGCAUGUCAGCAUAUAUUCGCCGAGGAUAACGUAAAAAGAAAACUAAUGACUCAAAUACUUAAUUUUAUAGACCAUCAUUGUUAA